UCGUUUAGCCCCAGAUCCUCAAAGGCAGUGAAGUGACCCUCGGGGCGGGAGCCAUGGCUCUGUAAGGGGUGAGAUUCCUCUAAGGUAGAGAAGCAAGCAGACAAACGGUGUUCCCAGCCCUCUGCUUCCCUCUUGUGCCUCGGGAGCCCGGCUGGGUCAGCGAGCUGCGCUUGAGGAGCCAGCACCGCCCUGCUCCGCGGCACGGCUCCUGCCGCAGCGGGGCAGCGACCGCAGCACCGAGAGGAGCCGAGCACCGCUCAACAGAGCGCAGCUCUCCCAGAGAGUGAAGGCGGAACCUCGCCCUGUCCGCACAGGGCAGCAAAGCCCCGGCGUUUCCCGGAGCUGUGAUUCGCUGUGACGGGGAAAGGCCUCCUUUCGGCUGGCUCGCUGAGGGCGCCGUGAGGGCGGCGGGCCCGCCCCGCUCCCGCCCCGCUCCCGCCCUGCCCCGCGCGCGGCCGUUUGAACGGGGCCAUGGCGGGCCGGGCCGGGCUGCCCGCCGUGUGGCAGCUCUACUUCGACUCCGUCCGCGCCGCCACCUUCCACAACUGGCCCUUCACCGAGGGCUGCGCCUGCACGCCCGAGCGGAUGGCGGCGGCGGGCUUCGUGCACAAACCCAGCGAGAACAGCCCCGACGUGGCGCAGUGCUUCUACUGCCUCAAGGAGCUGGAGGGCUGGGAGCCCGACGACGACCCCCUGGAGGAACACAAAAAACACAGUGCGGCCUGUGGUUUUCUUUCUCUUCAGAAAGAACCUGCUAACCUGACGGUGCAGGAGUUCCUGAAGCUGGAAAAAAUGCGAGUGAGAAAGGCACUUAAAAAAGAGGUUUCUCAGAUGAUGACCAGGGUUGAAGAUAAAGCCAAGAUCCAGCGCUGUAAUAUAAAGAAGCUGGCCUAGACUGCUGCAGCUUCAUAGCUGCCAGUGGCAUCUGUCUUGUCCACGUGCUGUGGCACUGCCCCUGUCACUGAAUGGCCGUGCUUCCUGAGGCUGCUUCCAGACUGCCUGUCCCUGAGAAGCAGAGGCAAUUCUGCUUCACUCCUCCAAGUCUGUCUGGGAAGUACCUGGGGAUUAUUACUUGUGGGUUUACUUGGGUUUUUUU